AUGUCGCUCUGCCAGAAUGGAGCCCCUCCGAUGUUUCUGUCUUGGUCCAAUGUCACCGUCACUACCGAUCAACAGGCCAUCAGCAGGGGAAUUCAGGUCUCGAUGGGAACUCCACCUCAGAUAGUUUCCCUCAGGCCAAGUACCGCCGACGACAACCUAUACGUCGUGAACAAAGCACAGUGCGCGCCUCAGUACAAUGACUCGUGUAUCGGCCAAUUCGGUGGUGUCUUCGACUAUUCAACUUCAAAAAGCUUUCUCCAGGUUGCGGAAGGUCAAUGGAACGGCACUGACGAGGGAAACCCCAAUCAGUUGUCCUUUGUCUACUUCAACGACGUCUUAACCUUUGGAAAUGCUUCUGUCGAUGGGUUUCCUGCCAGCUACGAUGAACCUGGCUAUGGUGGCCAAGGCGUCAUGCCUCUUGGAUCCAGCUCGGACUUUUUGCGGGUCGCUAUGGAGAGCGGCGCUGUACCAUCCACCGUCUUUGGGCUUUGGACCGGCUCUCGCUCUACCGCCAAUCCCGUCGACGGUUCUCUGGUUGUUGGCGGCUACGACACUACCCGGAUCAACGGCACCUUGACGACUUUCAACUCUUUGGAGCAGUGCGAGAUGUGUGUCAUUAUCACCAGCCUUGCCUAUGAAGACGAAACGGGCUCGACAAGUCUCUUCUCCAACUCGUCUGAAUCUCUUCAGGUCAACCUUCAACCCUCCGAACGUUCGCUGAAUGUGCCACAGAAUGUGUGGGAGAACUUCCAAAAAGCGACCAACGGCAUCCUUCUCAACGCCUCGUACCUAUCAUACCCAUCCACUGCUGUGCCGACUGGCCAACUAGUCGUCACGCUGCAAAAUGGAUAUAAAACGACCAUCCCUGCAGAGGAACUGUUCUAUUACCCUCGAGGGUACAAUGACGACGGCCAAUACACAGUCAUCGACAACACCUACCAAAUCGCUACGCUUUUCAACGCUUCUAAUGAUGGUUACGUCCUAAACUGGGGAAUUCCUUUCAUGACCAUGAACUACGUGAUUGGGGACUACAAGCGAUCUCAGUUCAAGAUGGCUCCAGCAAUCCGAACGAACUUUGAAAACCAAGGUGGUGGCUACGCGCUCAAGGCGUCCUGUGAUCCAGUGGCAACUGCCACGGCAUCAUCCACCAGCUCUAUCAUUGUAAGCACUUCCACUGCUGGCGCAACAACCAGUUCAGCCUCGGCAUCCAAAGAUAGCAGCAGCAACAACAAAAAUAUCGGGCCCAUUGUCGGCGGUGUGGUAGGCGGGGUCCUUGGUCUUAUUCUUAUUGUUGGCGGACUCGCAUUACUCUUCUACCGCAGCCGGCGCCGCAGGAAUAUCCCUGGAGCCGCAGGUGAGCAUGGCCAGCCCACUAUGACUACGCCAAUGAUGGGCGACGGCAACGCCGCCCAGAACGCAGGCUCAGCCGCGGACCGCCACUCUCAUUGGACGGCGAUGUCACCGACAGAAGCACGCAGCGAAUUGAAUGGGAGUGAGAAAAUGAACGGAACGACCGCGAGUGUAAAUCAGUGGCUAUCGAGUCAAGGAAGCGAUACUCAAACCGUCGUGAGCUCCAAUUCUCCCAAUGUUGGUGCGACCCUGGGAUAUAACAUGGGCUCACCGCAGGCAACUUCGCCGCAAAUGGGGACGAUGGACCGACCCUUUGAGAUGCCAGCUCAAACGUGGGAUAGUCGAUAG